UUUAGUGUGGUACCAGGUCGCUUUACGGGAAAAGACUGCUCCAGUUUAGCCUGGAAUUGCCCAACUUUAGAUUUUUAUCAUGGUGCUCAAUCUGUAAAAAGAAUCACCAAACUGAUAAAACCAGUACAGCGUGGAUCAAACUGGUAAAUCAGGCUGCGGAGACAACUGUGUAAUUCGAUCGAAAAAGAAACGGACAACUCUCAAGCACACAGGGUAAUUGACAAAGGAUUUUACGACACUGAGAGAUAAUUUACCUGCGUUUCUUGGUUCUAUUUAACUGAACUGAGGGAAUGUCAACCAAAUAAAAGUUGUGACUGAAGAAUACCAUGGGAAGAUGGGAGAUAUUUGUACUCAGACUGUAGGCUUUCACCUGACCUGUUUCUCUGAGACAAAAUUCAAUUCCAUAUACUCCAUGAACUGCUACCAUGUACCAGAUGAUAUCCUUCCAGUAGUGAGCAAAAAAAAAAAAGUGAAUCAAGGACCACCUCCUCUCCAAAAAGCAAAGUGCUUCAGCGAUACCAAGCAGAAUGUUUGUCUCCUGCUUCAGAAUUUGCUUCAAAGAAUCUGAAGGUCAUCAAUCUUAAAUUCUUGAUUAGUGGUUCUUAAUCAGUUAGAUGGAGAAGGAGGUUGUCUCUAGCUGUGGAAAAGAAUCCUGAGACAAGGCCCCUUGAUGGCAGAUGCGGCAGACUGCAAUGUUCACCAAGUAUUCCAUUUACUUCCCUGGAGGGUAAUGUAUAUAAAAAUAUGCAAGAAUCACAGGAAACUCACAUAUCCAACCACCUGGAUGAAAUUGUUGCUGCUGUCAGCAUAACACCUAGAAAGAAACUGCAAAACCAGCUGCUUCAGAGAGCACUGUUCCAGCCUCCCCGAGAGAAACUCCGCCUCUCUGAAGAGAAAGCAAAGUCGUAUGCCAGCAGCCAUGAGUACAAAAAGGCUCUCCAUGAGCUUGUGCACUGCAUGGCUCUGACAAGGAUCUGCUAUGGUGAUUCCCACUGGAAGCUGGCCGAGGCGCAUGUUAACUUGGCUAAGGGUUAUCUUCAGCUGAAAGGAAUGUCACUACAAGCAAAACAACAUGCAGAAAAAGCCAAAGAAAUCCUCACCAGCUCCAUUGUGCCUCCAUACAAUGACAAUACAGAUGUUUUCAAGUGUUCGGUUGAGCUGUUCCAUACCUUGGGGCAAGCCUUACUCUCCCUUCAAAAGUUCAAGGAAGCGUCAAAGAAUUUGACAAAGGCAGAGAUACUCUCAAAGGAGAUGCUCCAGUGUGGAAAGAUCAUAAAAGAAGAAUGGAUGGAAAUUCAAGCACGGAUCAAAUUGUCAUUUGCGCAGGUAUAUCAAGGUCAGAAGAAAUCAAAAGAAGCUCUGCCCCACUACCAAGAGGCUUUAGAAUAUACUGAGAUCAGUAGAGGGGAAAAAAGUCUUGAGUGUGUACCAAUACUGAGGGAACUGGCAGCUGCAGAGCAGGCCCUGGGAUUUCACGACGCAUCCAUCAACAACCUUUUACAGGCGCAUCUCAUCGUCCUGAGAGGAAGCCCCUCUCGAGAGGAGGCAGCCGCGUCCGCACACGCCGUCGCCUGUGCCGCUGUCGCUUCCGGGAGGCCUGAGCACCACGAUGUGGCUGAGCAGUAUUUUCAGGAUAGCAUGGCUAAUCUCAAGGAUGCUGAAGGGAUGGAGAAAGCCAAAUUUCUUUCAAUUCAAGAUGAUUACUGCCAUUUCCUACAAGUCACUGGACAAGAUGAGAGAGCCGCUUCAAUCCUUAGAGAGUCCCUGGAGGCCAAAGUGGCCGUGUUUGGUGAUUUCAGCCCUGAGGUGGCAGAGACAUAUCGGCUCCUGGGUGUGGCUGACCUGGCACAGGGGAACCAGACCGGGGCCCACAAGAAACUGAAGAAGUGUCUUCAGAUCCAGACCCUCUUAUACGGACCCCAGGACAAGAGGACUCUGGCCACCCAGCAGACCAUGGACAUCCCGUCCAAGGCCCCCGAGGUGCCCGCGAGGCCGCGGCCGUCCCCCGGAGCCAAGGCGGCCUUCUGCGCCGGCGGGCGGCCGCACAGCGUGCCCGGGCGCGCCAGGCCCAGUGCUGCCGACUGAGCCGACCCCACCGCCUCCCGGGGUGCGCCCCCGGGUGCCCUGCACAUCUUUCCCUCCGGAACAGGGCCUUCGACAGCCGCUGCUCCGGUUUCCAGGCCGACUGUGUGCUCCAAAUGCAAAGCCACCCCAAACCUCCCGUGGGCCCCGUGUGAACAGUGGGCGCUCCUCCUUGUGACCUGCCCUUCUAUAAAGCAUUUUUCUUUCUGCUA